GGAAGAGGGUGGACCGGGAGGAAGAGGCAGAGGGGUGCUCCCCCUGAGCCUGAGUGUCAGGUUGAGCCAGGACAUGUCCCCACUCUCUUGAGCAGGGAGGAACCUGUGUAGAACCUUCUUCUUCCUCUCCCAGACCUGGAGGUGUGGCUAACCCAUGGGUGCCCUUGGAGAGAUUCCCAUGAGGGCGGGAUUCUGGAAGCCCACUAGGGCUCCCUCCCCUUGCUCUCCUUCCUGGCUCUCUCCUCUCACCCUCCUCUCUGUCUCUGUUUGUACCCCUCCACCAUCCCUCUCCCUCAGUCCUCGCCCCGUCCACCUCCAUCUACCUCCCCUUUUCUGCCUUCCCAGUUCUGGCUUCCUACCCUCCUCUCACUCUUCCUGGAUCCUCCUUUCCCUUGUUUUGCCCUUCUGGCUUUGUGUUCAGUGUCCUUCUCCUUGUUCAAGAUCUCUGACCCUCACCUGCCAUUCUGUCUCCCAGUCUCCUUAUUGUCAGCUCCCCAUCAACCCCCCUAGUCCAGACUCUUUUUCAGAACCUCUCCCACCUGGCUAGUGCUCCCUGGCUUACCUGCCCUCAGGGCCCUUCUCCCUUUGGAGAACUGCCAGCUCAGACUCCUCCUUGGCCCCUCCCACUGCCCUCCUCACUUAAUUGAGAUGCUAAUGAGGCUUCUGUCACUUCCAUCCCUGGGCGGGCAAGCAGGGUGGGCGGGCUCCCAGGCCAGGCAACUGCACCUGUCAGGUGAGGGGGAGGAGAGGCUUAGCUGCCAGAUUCAACUGGAAAGGAACCAGUCCCAGUCCAGCCACAACCUAGGAUUGCAGAGCAGGAGACAGCCCAGAGCUCUUGGAGCUCUGCGUCCCUGGGUGGAGAGGGAGUCAGGACACAGCCCAGGGGACAGGGCUAGAGACAAGAGGACAGAGCCCAAACUGAUAGCGGAAAGAAGAGGAGGAAGAGGGAGAGAGGCAGAAUCAGAGAGCAUACUGAAAGAAGAGACAAGCAAGAAGAGAGCUGAGAAAGACACCCAAAGAGAACCAGAAGGCAGAGAGAGAGAGGAGCUAAGUCCCAGAGACCCUGGAGGGAAGAAGACCAAAGAAAGUGACUAAGAAGAGCAGAGACUGACUAUUGUGGAAACAGAGAGGGACGUGCUAGGACAGAAACCAAAACGGCGGCCUUAUCAGGGAAGCAGAAGAGAGGCCACUUCAGGGAAGCCCAGCUCCAGCCCUUCUGGCCCAGACUCCAGCAGGUCACCUGGCUCCUAGGAAUAUGGAGGGAGGGAGGUGUGGGAGAAAGCAGGCUCAGGGUAGGAAAUGGGCAUGGCCAAGGGCAGCUUCACUUUGAGUUCAAGGCGGUGAUGGGGGUGGGGACCCAGAGCCCAGGGCUUAGCCCUGAUCCUUACCCUUGCCCUCCUUGUCCCUCCCAAGGGCUCAUGAAGGGGAACGAACGUGAGGAGCAGGGGCUGGGCCCUGAACCUGCAGCCCCAGAGCAGCCCACGGAGGAGGAGGAGGCCCUGAUUGAAUUCCACCGCUCCUACCGAGAGCUCUUCCAGUUCUUCUGCAGCAACACCACCAUCCAUGGUGCCAUCCGCCUGGUGUGCUCCCAGCACAACCGCAUGAAGACGGCCUUCUGGGCUGUGCUCUGGCUCUGCACCUUCGGCAUGAUGUACUGGCAGUUUGGCCUGCUGUUCGGAGAGUACUUCAGCUACCCUGUCAGCCUCAACAUCAACCUCAACUCAGACAAACUUGUCUUCCCAGCCGUUACUAUCUGUACCAUCAAUCCCUACAGGUAUACCGAAAUUAAAGGGAAGCUGGAGGAGCUGGACCGCAUCACAGAGGGGACGCUUUUCGACCUGUUUAAAUACAACUACUCUAACACCCUCGGGGCCCAUCCCCGCAGCCGCCGCGACCUCCGGGGGACCCUGCCGCACCCCCUGCAGCGCCUGCAGGUGCCGUCCCCGCCCCACAAGGCCCGCAAGGCCCGCAGUGCGGACUCCAGCGUGCAGGACAACAACCCCCAGGUGAACAGGAAAGACUGGACAGUCGGCUUCCAACUGUGCAACAAGAACAGAUCGGACUGUUUCUACCAGACUUACUCGUCGGGGGUGGAUGCGGUGAGGGAGUGGUACCGCUUCCACUACAUCAACAUUCUGUCGCGCCUGACAGACGGCUCGCCAUCCCUGAAGGAGGACGCGCUGGGCAACUUCAUCUUCACCUGCCGCUUCAACCAGGACUCCUGCAGUCAGGCGAAUUAUACUCGCUUCCACCAUCCCAUGUAUGGGAGCUGCUACACCUUCAAUAAUCACAAGAACAGCUCCAACCUUUGGAUGUCUUCCCUGCCAGGGAUCAACAAUGGCCUGUCCCUGGUGCUGCGCACAGAGCAGAAUGACUUCAUCCCGCUGCUGUCCACCGUGACAGGGGCCAGGGUUAUGGUGCAUGGGCAGGAUGAGCCUGCCUUCAUGGAUGAUGGCGGCUUUAACUUGCGGCCUGGCGUGGAGACCUCCAUCAGCAUGAAGAAGGAAGGCCUGGACAGACUUGGGGGCAACUAUGGUGACUGCACCGAGAAUGGCAGCGAAGUCCUUGUCAAGAACCUCUACGGGUCCAAGUACACUCAGCAGGUGUGUAUUCACUCCUGCUUCCAGGAGAGCAUGAUCAAGGAGUGUGGCUGUGCCUACAUCUUCUACCCAAAGCCCAAGGAAGUGGAAUACUGUGACUACCUGAAGCAUACUUCCUGGGGCUAUUGCUACUAUAAGCUCCAGUUUGCCUUUUCCUCGGACAGUCUAGGCUGUUUCACCAAAUGCCGGAAGCCAUGCAGUGUGACCAGCUACCAGCUCUCUGCAGGUUACUCACGGUGGCCCUCAGUGACAUCCCAGGACUGGGUCUUCCAGAUGUUAUCCCGACAGAACAAUUACACCAUAAACAACAAAAGAAAUGGAGUUGCCAAACUCAACAUCUUCUUUAAGGAGCUGAACUAUAAAACCAAUUCUGAGUCUCCUUCGGUCACGAUGGUCACCCUCUUGUCCAACUUGGGCAGCCAGUGGAGCCUAUGGUUUGGCUCUUCAGUGCUGUCAGUGGUGGAGAUGGCUGAGCUCAUCUUUGACCUCCUGGUCAUCACAUUCCUCAUGCUGCUGCGGAGGUUCCGAAGCCGAUACUGGUCUCCAGGCCGAGGAAGCAGGGGUGCCCAGGAGGUGGCAUCCACUCCAGCUUCCUCCCUUCCCUCCCGUUUCUGCCCCCACCCCACGUCCCCCUCCCCGUCUCAGCCUGGCCCUGCUGCCUCCCCAGCCUUGUCAGCCCCUCCACCUGCCUAUGCUACCCUAGGCCCCCGCCCAUCUCCAUUAGGGUCAGCAGAGCCCAGCUCCUCUGCUUGUACUAUGGGGGAGCCCUGAGGGAGCAGGAAAGUGUUCCCCCACCCAGGCAGGUGCUUCCCUUGGUGGGAGGGGGCCACCCUUGUCAGGAUGAAAGGAUGUUUUGGGCUUCCUCUCAGAGCUGCCCAAUUGCCUUUGGUGUCGGGGAGGGAAACAGGAUAGGUAAGGGGCUUAAGAAGUUGCUCUAGAGAACAGGGUUCAGUGAAGUGGCCCAGAAUUGCCCCAGCUCCUGCCCUGUUACCCCUGCCCCUGUCUCUAGAGCACUUUGAUUUCCCCUCCUAAGUGCAGACAAGUUUCCUUUUCCCUUGGAUCAGCCAAGUCAAACUUGGAGCUUUGGCAAGGAACUUUCCUAGGCAACGACUGAUAGCCAGAACAAAACACAAACAAGGGCAUACAAAGGCGUGCACAGGUUUUCUACCCAAAGACUACUGAAGCCAGCCCUGGACUGGCCUGGCCACACUGCUUUCCUGUGACACAGACAGCUGCUUCUCUUCUUGAACUUGGGUGGGGAACCCCACCUGAAAGCCCCCUUUAUUUGUUCUUUGGCAAUUCCCCUUCCUUGAUUCCCCAGGGCAGGGGCUGGAGCUGACCAAUGGAGUGAUGGCUUGGCCAUUCCCAGUCGGCCCUAGGACUUGUCCAUCUUCAUCUACCCCAUGUCGCCAUGGAGCUGCAGCCCUGUGCCUCUGCCCUGUGUCCUUCACACCUCAGCAUAUUUGCUCAAGCUGUUUCCUCAGCCUGGAAGUUUCCCCCACCUUCUGAUGGUUAACUCCUACGCACCACUUAGUACCCUGCUCAGAUGCCAGCACUUCUGUGAAAACUUCUGCUUCAUCUUGUCUUCCCUAGAAUUUAUCACUCCCCUCUCCCCUGGGCUCCCAUAGCACACUGUACCAUAUGUUGGAGUGCUGAUGCUGUAUUAUACUUUCUUGUAUACCAGAUUGGGAGGGAGCUCCCUGUGGUCGGGAACUUAGUCUUGCUCAUUUAUGUAUGCUCAGGGCCUAGCCCAAUGUCCUGUUUGGAGCAGGUAGGUAGAUGCUCAAUAAAUGCUUGUUGCAUAAAGAAAUGGCUAUAGAGUCUGACUGAGACUAGAAUGACCCCGGAGGUCAUGGUCCCCAGACCUACUGUUAGCCCAAGACAGGAACCAUUCCUAAAGCUAACUCUUCAGACAGGGAUUGGUCUGGACUAUGGGACAGACAAUGAUAAUUGUGAAGAAUGAGCUUCUUGGAUCAAGUAGACACAUGAGACUAUGUUGGCAUCUCCUGUCUGAAGGGGAGACGAGAGGGUAGAGAGGGUCAGAAGCUGGCUGAAGGGACACAAAAAGAGAGAGUGGAGGGAAAGAGUGUGCUGUCUCAUUAGGGGGAGAGCAAUUAGGAGUAUAUAGCAAGGUGUUUAUAAAUUUUUGUAUGAGAGUCUGACUUGAUUUGUAAACUUUCACUUAAAGCACAAUAAAAAUUAAAAAAAAAAAACUAAGUUUAUUAAAUACAAAAAAAAAAAAAUGGCUAUAGAGUUGGAUAAGGGCACCAUGAAGGCAGGAGGGGGUGGAUGUAAGUCCCUGGGAGCCUGUACUCCUGGGAGGUCCUAGAGGGGGAGGGGACAGGCUUCCAUGCCCCUUGCCUUCACCAUGGACAUAACCAUUCUUCUUGGGCCUUGAGAGUUGGGCUGUCCUGCUGGUUCUGGAGAACCCUUCCUCUAUGGGCGUUGUGGACCAUCUGCUCUGUGUUCAUCACCAUGUUCGAGUGGAAGUGGAAAGGCAGAGCGCCUCCCUUUGGGGACCUACCAUGCAGUCAUUGGGAAGACUCUCCCACAUCUAACAUCUGAACCUCCUUUCUUUCCCUACCUUUGUUACCAUCAUCAUUAAUCCUCUGAGUCCCCUUUGGUGAGUCCCAUCCACCACCCAGCAGCAAUUUCACAUCCUCACCUGCUCACUUCUCUAUCUCCCCAUCAAUUUCCAGGUACUGGUGGAGGAGGGUGAGACUUAGCCCAAUUUCUUCUGGAACCUCAAAACCUGUAUAUAUUCUUGUUCUCAUGUCAUUACAGAGGGAGGAGCAGAGGGAAUCCUCCCAGCUUUAUUACAGGAGAAAUUGAGGUUCAGGGAGAGGCUAAGAGAUGUCUGUAUGGAAACUCUGGUUUUCUGACCCCCAAUUCCCCACCCCGACACCAGCAUUAGUCCUGGGACCCAGAAGUCACCAUUCCUUAUUAUCUUUGGGGACACCUCCCCUGCUGUCUUGAUCAUAUUCCCCUUAAUUACAGUUUCUCUGCCCUGAGGAGCCAAAGGAGAGAGUGCAUCUUUGGGGAGGGGAGAAGGGAGU